UGUAUUCGAUUUAUUCGAGACGCGGGUUCUGUCACUCGAUAUGCUGGCGCUCACUUACGACAUUAUUGAUGUUUUCUCGAGUUGUGUGAAGAACUGGGCCAACAGGAAUACUACGAUGUUUAUGUUACAAGAACGCACUUGAAAAUUCACGAAAAGAUUGCAUCAUUGAAGCUUUGGACAACGCCGUGGUGCGACCUUUACUGCUUUGUUGGACGCAAUACAACCAAACGGAUCACUGAAGCUAGACGUGUUGCCUGUUGGUAUUUCCACUCGUUGGGGAGGCAAGUUAAUCGUGGAAAGAGUUCGAGCAAUGAUUAAGAAAGCUGGAAACGUUAUCUCAGCCAAGUUUGCUGCUCCCUACGCUACAAAUUGCGAACCAUAAAAUUUAUCUUCUCAUCUCAGCCUGACAUUGCCAAUAAACAAAUUCUUUCAAAGUGAAAACCCAAAAUGCCGAUCGUGAACGAAUUUUCUCUGCUCUGAUGCAGUUGCUGGAGAGUUCUAGUGGACGUCUGUAUGAAGACGAUCUCGACUAUCUCAAGACCCAAAUCAAGGAAGAUCCGCAGAUACUAAGCAAGAUGACGCCUUGCAACAAUGACAACCGAGAUGAUCUAUGCACGCUUCUGCACCAUGCAGCUGCUGGUCCAGCUCAUGAUCCUGACCUUGUCCAGUGGAUGAUAAACCUCGGAGCUCUCUUCCUUCGAUCCAUUUUGGGACCAGGCCUCCUGAUCGUGUGGAAUCGUGAAUGGGAGCAAUACCUGACGAAGAUCCGCCAUCGCUGUAGUGUGACUGGCGAGAGCUUCGAAGGUGUCGUGGCUACUGUGAAGGGCUCGGUGGAACCGGCCGUGCUGGAAACACUAGCUACGUACGUGCUGAAGAAGCGAGUGGAGAAUGUGGACGACGCGGAGAUCCUGGCGCAGGUGCAUAAGCGCUGCAGGUCUCUCAAGAACGACUUCAUUCCGGACAUCACUACGCUCUUUCGCAAGUCCUUGAAGAUGGAUAUGCAGGUGGAUGACUGUGACGCACGAGUGUUUCAGUACUUCCAGUCUUUUACAAAAAUUGUGGAGGACAACGGUCUGCAGGCGCUGAUUGGCGGAGGUAAUGCUGCCGGCCCUGGCUACAAGGAUCGAAUGAAGGCUCGGUGUGCAAUUCUCGUGGAGAAUAUUCAGCCCGCUAUGCUGAAGGAGCAGAUCGAGCGCCUUAUCAAGUAUGAGAGACGGGAAUGUAAGACGGACGAUGCAGCCCUCUUCGACUUGAUUCUGGAACAUGCUCGGGUGCAGCAGAGGUUCCACGUACAAAGUGUGGAGCGAGUCGUGCCUCAGGAGCGUGGACAGCAGCCACAGCAGCAAGGGAAGCGAUCAGCCAAGUCUGUAAAAGCGACGCCCACUGCUGAGAAGAAGGCUAGGACUCCUCCACGUGAUGGCUGUUUGGUGGGCAAGGGUGCCCAUUGGUUGGAUGAGUGUCCGACGGCUACGGCAGGUUAG